AUGUAUGCAAUAAUGAUUGUUCUUUCCAAUUUCUAUAUUUAUCAAGAACAUAUACCUUGUAUUUGUGAAGUUUUCAUUUAUUAUUCAAUGAUUGUUAAUCUAUCACAUUUAUUGCUAUCAAAGAUAGUUUGUUAUCUUGAAGAUAACAUAGAUAGAAUAUGUGUCAGUUUAGUUUGUAAAAGAUUGUUCGAGGAAAGAGUUAAAUAUCUAUAUUUUAAUACCGAUAAUAUAAAUAUCAUUGACAAUCAAGAAGAUGAAGUAUUUACCUUAAAAUCAUAUCGAUCAUUAAUAUUCAGAUCACUCAAACAAAAGAGAAUUUGUAUUAUGUCUAUUGGUGGUUCUAGAAUCAGAUAUGACUCUUCUAUAGAUCCUUUUACUCAUUUGGAAGACCCUAUAGAUAUCAUUACACCAAAUAUCUCUACAGUUAAAAUAGAUCAAAAACUUGGUAAAAAGCAUACAGAGAAUCUCUAUCGAAUGAUAUCCGAUUCAAAAGUAUACAAUCUAAAAGGAAUAUCAAGAUUAUCGAGUGUAUUACCUGUGAAUUUGACAUCAAUUACGUUUCAUUAUGAGUUCAAUAAAGUAUUGUUGGCAGGUUAUCUUCCACCGAAACUAAAGAAACUAAAAUUCGACACCAAUUCAUAUUUUAAUCAAACAAUAUCAGCAGGUGUUCUUCCAAAUACAUUGAAGAAACUUAAAUUUGGUGAAUGUUUCGAUCAAGUACUCGAACCUCAUGUAUUACCAUCAUCCUUAACUUAUUUAGAAUUGGGAUAUAACUACACUCAAACACUUCAAGUUGGAUCACUUCCUCCAAAUCUUCUAGUUUUUAAUCAUUAUGGUGAAAUUAUCUCCGAGAUUUCAGAUGGAGUAUUACCACAAUCACUUUGUACUUUGCAAUCAGUACCUUUAUCAUGGAUCCCAUUCAUCAAAUCACUAAACAAUCUCACAAAACUAAAACUUUAUCAAAGUGAUAAUUCUAUUGUCACAAUAGACUUGUCAGAUCUACCAGGUUCUCUAACAGAUUUAGCUAUUUAUGCAUCAUGUCAUCUCACGUCAUCUCUAUCACCUUCAAUCAGAUAUCUAGAUAUUCACGAAACCGAGUAUGAUAUCGAUGAGAUAUUCAAAGAUCGAUCACAAUAUCAUUUCGAAAGGUUGUGUGUCGAUGGAAACAAACAAGAAUCACUUGACAAUCUGAAGAUCAACGAGCUGAGACUGGAAUUUGACAAAAGAGAAUCGAUUUUAAGGUAUAUUCCAUUUGGUGUGGAAUCUUUAUUUAUUGGUCACCAAAAUUUUGAAUUCUAUACAAUUCCAAAACUCAAUCUAAACGGUAUUCCAUCGUCAGUGAAGAAGAUUACAUUUCAAUCCAAUAUUUUGUUCAAUCAACUUGAUUUCGAAAUUCCAAACAAUGUUGAAGAAGUUAUGAUACAAAAUAUUUAUUUGGAUGAUCAAUUCUCAAGUGAAUGGAUUCCAAACUCUGUUAAAUCACUUACUAUUCCUUCUAAUUUGUUUCAAAAAGGUUCCACACCUAUAUCAGUUACCAACUUGUUUUUGACCAAUGUUAGAGAAAAAUUAUAUCUCCAAGUUCGAAAGAUAUAUGAUAAUCACUAUCUCAUUUUUGGUAAAACAAAUGAUAAAUUCAAAGCUGCAAUUGUCUCGCAACUUUUUCUAUCUGAUUUCAUCGACAAAAAAUAA